UCUUACCAAGCGCAAAUGCUUUUUAAAUUGAACUCUGCAGGUUUGCAGUGCAUGCUGGCGAGGGACAGAGGCAGAGAUGGCAUGCCGGGGACCCUGUGCCUUGACUGCUGUCCUAGGUUCAGGGUAGGAAUAGGAAGCAAUAAAUAGACACACAGCAUCCCCUGUGGGACUGGGUACUUUCAAGGAAGAUGGUUCAUCAGGAUAAAUAAUAUGGCUCCAUCCAGGACGAACUCUCUUCUCAUCUUCUACCUCGGUUUCUUGCUGCUCAUCCAUUUAAAAAAGUCACUUUGUGCGAAAGAUGAUCCCAGAUGCCUAUCAAACUCUUGCCAAAAGGUCUCGGAGUGUAGUGGUGCUUCUGCUGCUGCAAAAGGGAGCGGUUGCCACUGUCCAGACGUGUCACUGGGUGGCAUCUCAGCAGAAGAUUGUAUCCAAAUAUCCAAGGACCCUUGUGCUUCCAGCCCUUGCCUCCAUAACGCUACCUGUUUGAGUGCUGCAGGAAACUCAAGCUUUACUUGCAGCUGCCUCAUGGGGUACACUGGAAACACCUGUGAAACUACCAUCAGUACGUGUGACUUGCAUUUCUGUAGGCAUGGAGGCACUUGCCUGGAGAGUCUCAAUGGCCUUGUCUGUGUCUGUGCUGAAGGAUACAUGGGUGCUUACUGUGAAACUAACCUUGAUGAAUGCCUUUCCAACCCUUGCCUCAAUGGAGCAGUUUGCAAAGACAGGAUCAAUGGCUAUGCUUGCUACUGUGUUCCAGGCUACCAGGGAAAGCACUGUGACCUGGAAGUGAAUGAAUGUGUUUCCGAUCCUUGCCUAAAUGGUGCCACAUGCAUUAAUCUGAUAGGGAAGUAUUCCUGCCUUUGUCCUCUUGAAUACACAGGUAUCAACUGUGAGCUGGAAAUUGAUGAGUGUUUGUCACAGCCUUGCCUGCAUGGUGGAACCUGUCAUGACAGUCUAGGGGGCUAUUACUGUUCCUGUCCGGUUGGCUUUCUUGGUGAACUCUGUGCCGUCAACACUGAUGAAUGUGCAAGUCAACCAUGCCUCAAUGGGGGGCAGUGUAUAGAUGAUAUCAACGGAUAUACCUGCAACUGUACAGAGAGUGGAUUCAUGGGCCUACACUGUGAAAUGUUAAUUCCCUUCUGCUGGUCAAAUCCAUGCUAUAACAAUGCAACCUGUGAAGAUACCGUGGAGAGUUACAUAUGCCAUUGCUGGGCAGGCUUUACAGGGUCACAUUGUGAAGUCGACAUAGACGAGUGUCACAGUAAUCCAUGCCGCCAUGGGAGUGAAUGUGUGGAACUGUCACGGUCAAGCUGGUAUGGAAAAAUUCCAGAUCUACCUUCAGAGUUCAGCUACCACACAGCAUCAGGUUACAUGUGCCACUGUCCUUUAGGAUUCACAGGCAUUCACUGUGAAGAAGACAUCAAUGAAUGUCACAUGAACCCCUGCCAAAAUGGAGGGACCUGUGAGAAUUAUCUGGGAAAUUAUACCUGCCACUGCCCAGCUAGAGAGGAGAAUGGGAUAUUUUAUGGUGGCUGGAACUGUUCAGAGGUCCUCCUUGGCUGUGUUCAAAAUAAAUGCCAAAAUGAAGGAUUGUGUAUUCCUCACUUAAGAAAUGGACAACACAGAUUCAGCUGUCUAUGUUCAGCUGGAUACACUGGAGAACACUGCGAAACAAUUACUGCUUUAUCUUUUCAGGGAAAUGGAUUUCUCCAGGUUAACAGUCUCCCAUCCACUGUACAAGACUGUUUCUACAACACAAACCUCCAAUUUCUGACUGUUCAACCAACGGCUAGCAUAUUUUUCCGUGGGAACAAGGAUGUAUUUGUGAAACUGGAGAUACUGAAUGGCUACUUACACUUAUCCAUACAAAUCAAUGACCAAUCAAAAGCUGUACUGCAUGUAGCACAUAAUGUCAGUGAUGGUGAAUGGCACUUAGUGGAGGUGACUAUCGCAAGAAAAGUUACUCUUAAGUUACUUGACAAAUUUUGCACAGACUCUUGUCUCAGUGAAACUGCAACCCCUAUAGAUUGCCAACAAACAACGUUUGCUUUCCAGAGCACAUUUUUGGGUGGUUUGCCAAAGGUGAACAGGAGCAAUGACUCUCUACCUAGUAUCUCUAACAUGCAUCCUGCACCCCCAUUUGUAGGCUGUCUUCAGGACAUUGAAAUAGACUUGAACCUUAUUAUCCCAGAGAAUAUAUCAUCUGACUCAUCUUUAAAUGUUGAAGCAGGCUGCACAAAAAGAGACUGGUGUGAACAUCACCCUUGUCAAAACAAGGGACGCUGCAUCAACUUGUGGCUGAGCUAUCAGUGUGAUUGCUACAGGCCCUACACCGGGCCAAGCUGUGCUACAGAAUACAUUCCAGCACGAUUUGGUCACGAGGGAACUGCAGGAUAUGCCGCUUUUCCCAUAGAGAGUGGUGCCUAUGAAACUGCAACCAUAUCAAUGUUUGUUCGAACACGCAAUCCUUCGGGCUUGUUGUUUGCUCUGAAAAAAGGCACAUCCCUGUUUCUCAAAGUCUGGUUGGAAGAUGGGAGACUGGUCCUGGCCAGUGCAAGCUCCAGCAAACUCCAAGGAACACAGCCUACAAAUGAUGGAAAUUUCUAUUUCAUAACUUUAAAAAUAGAGCCAAACAAGACUGAGCUGAUCCAGUCAUCACAAAACCUAGGCUAUGUUUCUACACCCGGGGUGAAAAUCGAGAGGGGUGAUAUUAUCUACGUGGGAGGAUUAUCAGAAAGUCAAGAAACAAGUAUAAACGGUGGGUAUUUCAAAGGCUGCAUCCAAGAUUUAAGGUUGAACAACCAGCCACUGGAAUUCUUCCCUGUCACUCCUUUGAUGAAUUCUGUCAUCAGCAAGAAUACACUGAUCAACAUUGACCCAGGCUGCACCGGAGACAACCUUUGUAAGUCCAACCCCUGCAAGAACAGUGGGGUUUGCUAUUCCAUCUGGGAUGACUUCACUUGCACGUGCCCACCAAAUACAGCAGGGAAAGCUUGUGAGGAAGUGAAGUGGUGUGAACUCAGUCCGUGCCCCCAUGAAGCCCAAUGUCAGCUGGUCCAUCAAGGAUUUGAAUGCAACGCCAAUGCCAUUUUUAGUGGCAGAAACAGUGCCAUCUUUUAUAGGAGCAAUGGGAAGAUCAAGAGAGACCUCACCAAGAUAGCUUUUGGCUUUCGAACCCGAGACUCGGAUGUGAUAUUGCUUUAUGCUGAGAAGGAGCCAGAGUUCAUCAGCAUCAGCAUCCAGAAGACUAAAUUAGUGUUUCAGCUGCAAAGUGGAAACAGCUUCUAUGGACUGAACUUGGCUACCUCCAAACCAGUAAAUGAUGGGAAGUGGCACCAAGUGACCUUUUCCAUGGCUGAACCCUCCUCUCAGUCAUCAACAUGGCGCAUGGAUUUCGAUGGUGAGAAAGACAGUGCAACAAGCAUGGUCACCACAGGAAACCUCAACUUCCUAAGGGAAGGGACAGAUAUCUACCUGGCUGACAGACCUUUUGAUGACCUGAAUGGACUAAGUGGUUGCAUGAGUACCAUAGAGAUCAGCGGGAUCCAUCUCUCCUAUUUUGACAGUGCUGAUGGCUACACUAAAAGGCCACAAGAAGAGCAAUUCCUAAAGAUAUCCGCCAAUUCUGUUGCCACUGGCUGCUCCCAGUUAGACGUCUGCAGCACAAACCCUUGCAUGAACAAUGGGAGAUGUGAAGACUUCUAUACUCACUAUCACUGCACAUGUGCCAAGGGAUGGACUGGGACCUACUGUGAUAUCAACAUUGAUGAAUGUGCAUCCAACCCUUGCGUGCAUGGAAACUCAUGCUCACUGCAGAAGGAAAGAAGAGUGAAAGGCAUACGACCCCCUUCAACGGUGUGUGGAAAUGGGAAUCGGAACAUCACCUGUUACAACUACGGCAACUGUUCUGAGCUGCAAGGAUACUUGGAGUGCGUGUGUCUCCCAGGCUUCGUUGGACAGCGGUUGAAAACUGAUGUGGCCUCCAAUGUCUUCACCUCGAUUGGCUCUGUAACACUGGCCUUGUUACUCAUCUUCCUUCUGGUAGGCACAGUUUCCAUCAUAACCGCUAAUAAACGGGCUACUCAAGGAACCUACAGCCCCAGCCGCCAGGAGAAAGAAGGAUCCAGAGUUGAAAUGUGGGACAUCGUUCAACCUCCUCCCAUGGAGAGACUGAUCUAGCUAGAAAUAUUGCCAUGUCCUCUUUUCAGGAAACAGCUAGCAGGAAAGGCUGUUCUGAUCUCUCUGGAGGAAGUCUGCUUCUUAACUCAGAAACAUUGGACAGUAACCUAAGCACCAUCUGCACUAUCUUUCAUGGAGGUUCUUAAACUUCUGUUUCCCAGGAGAAGCUCCCUGUGUCUCAUCAUUCUUAAGAGAUGAGAGCAGUUGAUGCUUGGAAGGAAAAAUCAGAAACUCUGAAAAAAUGAAAGCAUGGGAACAUCAUAUGGGAAUGAACUGACAUCUCCAGAUCAUGGUUGAACCAAAUGGAUGCCACUUCUUCGGAAACUCUUAUUUAUUGCACUGAAAGCCUUGACUUUUGCAUAAUCAACUGUAGAC